AGGUGGAAGAAGGAAAGAGCGAAUACAGGUACAAAAUCGCUGCGGUGUUUUGGCAAUUAAAAAAAUAAAGAGAGAGAGAGAGUCUAUUCACACUUACUGUGGACAAUUACCCGAUUGCGUUCAUACAAAUGUUGUCAGUGUUUCCGAUGACCGAGUGACUUUGAAAACGAGUCGAAAAGUUUGAAGCAAAAUGCCGCGUCCAUCCCGCGAGAGUUACGGCGACCAGAAGCCGCCCUACUCCUACAUCUCGCUGACGGCGAUGGCCAUUUGGAACAGCCCGGAGAAGAUGUGCACCCUGGCCGAGAUCUACAAGUUCAUCAUGGACAACUUCCCUUACUACCGCAAGAACACCCAGCGGUGGCAGAACUCCCUCCGCCACAACCUCUCCUUCAACGACUGCUUCAUCAAGAUCCCCGCAGGCCCACAGGCCGGCAAGGGCGGCGCCUACUGACCCGGCCAUCCCUCCGCCAUGAACAUGUUCGAGAAUGGCAGCUUCCUACGCAGGAGGAAGCGCUUCAAGAUUCCCAAGCCCGAGAAGGAGGCCCUGGAAGCGGGCCUGGCCCAGAUCAACAACCCCCUCCGAUGCCUGGAAGCCUCCAGGUGCUCUGGAGAGACGCUCCUCGGCGGGGUAGGAGGAGCAGGAGGCAACGUUCCAGUCACCGGGGUGAUGGGACCCCUUUCCCAUCAGAGCAAGCAGUCGUUCACCGUCGAGAGCCUGGCUGCCUCCGAUGCCAAAUUACCUCAGCCUCUGCCUCCCAUGCCACCCGUUUCCAUACCCUUGGGCCUCUUGCCGCCGCCCCUGCCACAUACCUCGUUGGCUCAUCGCCCACUGCCCUACCCACCUCCGCUCAGCGAUGCCCUUGCGUUGUCCCCGACUCACCCACCGCCGCCGACUUCCCAGUUUUCUCCGUACGGGCAUCACAUACCACAGAUGCUGCACCACCCACCGCCUAUCUCGCCACAUUCCUUACACCACCUCUACGCCGCAGCCGCCAUGGCUGCCUCCUUAGCGCCCUGCGGAGGCGCGGGUGCCCCUCUGGUAAGACCAUCAGCCGUUCACAUGCCCCAUCUGGCACUCGCCUCUCUCUCCGUCUUAGGGCCUUUCUCGUCGUCUCUGCCACUGAGGCCACAAGCCGUGGCUCCGAGGACCUCUACGGCUGCCAUUUCGGCGGCCCUAGCAUCGACUGUGUCGGAUUUCUCCGUUUCCAGGCUCUUAGGAGCAAGGUCUCCCUCCCCCUCUGGAAGGAGAAGCCCUUUGUCGAUACCGCCCGUUACGUCAGGACCUGUCAUGUUACACAGCCUCCAUGACCUGAGUCCAGAGGACGACGACGACGAAGACGACGAUGAAGAGACGAUCCACGUCGCGGACGAAGACGAGGAAAUGGACAAAGCGACGACGCCAACUCCGACAACGACCUCUUCCAUGGACAGGAGGCUUCCUCCUCUUCCUCCGACGGGAGUCGAUCCACAAGGGGAUUCGGCCAUGCUUGUCGAGCCCAGCAAACGACAUCACCACCAUCAUCAUCAUCACCACCACCACCCAACGGCACAACCUCCGCAACAGCAGUCUACCCCACCUCCUCCCCCUCCCUCUGCCCCUCCUUCGUCCGAAGCGGCAUCGCAAGAGCGAGAGAUGAUCCAGGGGCACGACGGAGACCGCCGGGAGGACACGCGCCAGGUCCCUCCCGAAGACCUUCUGCUGAGAACGUCCCCGUCAGUCAGAUCUAUCUGACGGUGACAGUGUACCCCUGACCAGACCCAUCACCAUCAUCCCUAUCAACACCACAAUCGUCACAAUCAUCAACACCAUCAGCAUCAUCAAGUUAGACCUCACCCACUGAUGUUACCUACAUAAUCAUCUGCAUUUCACGAGUGGCUGAUUGCUACCUAGUUCCGAGGACGGGUUUUUAUUCCUUCUCCUGUGUUCCAGUGUAGUCUUCCUCGGAACUGGCAGCGUUCGGUGGGGCGGACUUUGGUCUUUCCUCUUUAGUCUCGUGAACAUUUCAUAAGACUGGUCUUCUACGAGUAGUACUCAUUUCUAUCCAGGUAAAAACGAAGAACACUUCAGAAUACUGCGUGCAAUAAAUAACAAUUUCUAUGUUUAUUCGACACGUGCCAAUAUAAUCUGUCAAAAAAGCUAAUGCUGGUCGACUUAAUCAUAACAACUUUGUUUAGAACUUUUCUGGAAAUUCUGGUUAAGAAUGAAUAUUCUUCCUUCAGUAGAAUUUCAAUUAAAAGUACUCAUGGUAUGUACAACACACUUAUUACAAAAUCCCAGUGUAACUACAAAUCCACAUCUGUAUCUUUAUUGAGAAACCCAAACUACGAAAGAACAGAACCACGCUGUUAAAUUUUGAAUUGUUAGUAAAAGUUUUAUUUAAACCGUUAAUGUUCUUCCCCAACUGAAUUUCCACUAAAACCUUUCAUGAUAAAACAGAUUCAUCCCAAAAUCCCAGUUUAUUACCUCAAUCACUUCACCCAAUCUGUUUCUUUAUCAAGACACCCAAUCCAUGAAAGAGACGAACCACGCUGUUAGAUUUUCUAUUGUUAAUAAAAAGGUUUAUCUAAACCACUACGAUACAAAAUUAAACCUAAACAAUACCUAACUCCACACACGCUCCCUUCUUUUUUGUUUUUACCUCAUCUCGGAACUACAGAGAAGUUGUCUGUGUCAUAGUUAUAUAAAUACAAGAGGAAAUACAAACCUCUUUCCUGCCCUUUUAUUUAAUCUGUAUCAGAUUUCUCCAGACUCACGAAUCUUUAUAAAUAAACCAGAGUAAGAACAAUGAAGCAAAAGUGUGGCGCAGCGUUCGAACUGUACCGAAGUGAGCUUAGAGUAUGUUUAUCACGGCCUUUGGAUUUAUAACCAUUUACCUCGUUCGUUCACCAGCAAGAAAAUGGCCAAUCCUCAAAGGAUUUUUAUUACAGCAGGAUUUUGUCCAUUCAUUUGUUAAACCUCUCAUUACGUUUUCUGUACAGUGCGAACAACUGCACCACACCGCGUUAUUAUUUAUUGUGCAAUUGUUCAGGGAGUGCUCAGUGAAGACGGAAUUGCUGGUACGUAACGCGAUCUUUUAUUUUAACCCAAAUAGUUGAGGAGUAAUAAUUUUGCGAGUUUAUUGUAUGAUGAGAUGGCGUCUUAAAAACAUUUUUUUUUUUUUUUUAGUCUUCAAUUUUUUUUCCAGCGGUGCAUACAUGCAAAUAUUGCAUUCGACUUUUUUAUUAUUUUUUUUCUUUAUCUGCAGUCUCUCACGUUGCGUUUCUUUCUUUUUUAUCAUUUAAACUUUGGAAAAAAGUCUUUAAUUUUGCCUCUAAAAUAUGGAUUUAAUUCGUUCCUUUAUUUAUAGGCUAUUUCUACCCGAGUCACGAAGUGCAUUUUCCGCUUAUACCUUAUUUGUAAUACUAUCCACAAUAUUGAAGUAAACAGCAAUAUGUUUUAUUAACAUGAGAUAAUUGCAUUCAAACUGCAGUUGUUGAUUUGAACUUACUAUCACGCUUCCAAUAAAUGUUUUUAAUGUUAACUGUUAAAUUGUUAAGAUUUCUUUAAAAAUCAAUGUGUCAGUUGAACAUAUUAGUUUCUUAAUCACAUACGAAAGAAAAAUGCACAACGCAUCAAAACCGGUUUCUAACGCACUGUGCUAAUAAUAAUAUUUCUCUCUCUCUCUCUCUCUCUCUCUCUCUCUCUCCGCAAGAGGGUGUCUUACUAUUUCAGGAAUGUUGGUUUCAUUAGAUAUUUUAUCUAAAACAGUUUGUAUUCUAAAAAAAAAUACAACUUUUGUGAAAUUAUAUGACGCCCGUACACACUAACGUGUG